UAAUAUAACCAAGUAAGUACUUUGAUAUAAUAUUCGUGUUUUGUUUACUACCUUCUUAACCAAUAUAUAUACAUAUUUGAAAUAUAUUUGAAAGAAAGAGAGGAUCAUGUCAAUCGGAGUGCCUAUUAAAGUACUUCACGAAGCAGAAGGGCAUAUAAUAACAUGUGAAACGAAUACCGGCGAAGUAUAUCGCGGCAAAUUAAUAGAAGCCGAAGACAAUAUGAAUUGCCAAAUGCAAAAUAUAACAGUGACAUAUAGAGAUAAACAAGUUGCUCAAUUAGAAAAUGUAUAUAUUCGUGGAUCUAAAAUAAGAUUUUUAAUAUUACCAGACAUGUUGAAAAAUGCUCCGAUGUUUAAAAGGCCAGGCGGUAAAGGUUCUGGUACCGCGGGCAGAGGAAAAUCCGCUAUUUUACGUGCUCAAGCUCGUGGAAGGGGUCGUGGACAAAACCAAAGAGGAAGAGGUACAGGUUCGGCACCUUGGUUGAAUCAACAAAAUCAACCAGGAGGGUCUCCAGCUGGAAGAGGACGUGGAUAAUUAUAAUAUUAAUUCAAUUAUGUACAUUAAUAAAAUAACAAAUUUAUAAGUACAUUCAA